UUUCCUAUCUAUUCGUUCAGCCCUAUCUAUUCGUGAACAAUCUUCACGCGAAAUUUGCCGCAAUCCGAACGGUCGCGCGUGCCCGGUUUCUAUACAAGUUUUGACAGGAGAUAUUUUGCUCCCCAGAUAUGUGAAAAAUGCGAACUAAAAACCCCACUCCAUCCAGAUAUCAUGGCAAGUAUAGAAACUAUACAAAAGAUAACAUUCUAAAGGCUUACUAUGAAGUAAAGAAUCAUAGAUCGUCUCUGCGCAAGGCGGCGAGGGAAUAUGGUGUCCCCUACCAGACAUUGAGGGACAGAGUCUCUGGCAAGGUUGAUCCUGAAGAUUUUGCGAGGGAAACCGUACUUGAGACAGAAGAGGAACUGGGGCUGGUAGAACAUGCGGAACAAUGUGCAAGAUUGGGAUACGGGUAUUCAAAUAUGGAAAUGAAAAAACUUGCCGGCGAACUGGCGUUCAAGCUUGGAAGAAGGAAAAGAGACAAACCCCUAAGUAACUGUUGGCUUUAUGGUUUCUUGGGACGUUGGAGAGAAAGGCUUUCAACACUAAAGCCAUCUGCUCUGGAUUCCAACAGAGCGAAAAAUACAACCCCAGAGGCCGUUCAGACAUACUUUCACAAUCUUAAGAAUACCAUUGACACCCUACAUCUUGAAAACAGGCCAGACCUGAUAUUUAAUAUGGACGAGACUGGCAUAAGUCCAGAGCACAGACCGCCAAAUAUUAUUGCCCCUUCCAAUGAAAAACCACAUUCAGUAACGUCCCCACGAUCAACAACGACGACCCUCAUAGCAUGUGCCAACGCAGCUGGAAGCAACAUACCUCCCUACUUUGUUUUUAAAGGUAAAAGAUUCAACGAAGACUUAAUGCAAGGUGCAUCUGCUGGGGCCGGUUAUGCUAUGUACGAUUCCGGGUGGUCAACGACAACAGUUUUUCAGGAUUACCUAAAAAUCCAUUUUCUAAAACAUGUAAAACGGGACCACGAGAACCAACCCGUCCUACUUAUACUUGAUGGGCAUACAACUCAUACAUCAUCCGAGUUGAUCCAAUGGGCGCUUACCAACAACAUACACAUAUUUGUAUUGCCGGCGCACACUUCACAUGUUUUACAACCUCUUGAUGUCGCAGUGUUCGGGCCAUUCAAGCGGUUUUAUUACAGCGAAUGUUCCGCGUACAUGAAAACAAACAUGGGUAAAAUCGUAACUAAGUACGAUAUAGCUGCCAUCGCCUGUCAAGCGUAUCUAAAGGCUAUGAGUCCGUGGAACAUUGUGUCUGCCUUUAAGAAAACAGGAAUAUACCCACUUGACAAGACAGCAAUUUCACAGAACCAAUUAUACCCGUGUGAAGCAUUUAGAGACGAGACACCGCUUCAAAAGAUAAAUGCACUUUGUUCAGGAAAAGAGGCAAUCGAUGCUUAUCUACAAAAAAAGGCAGACGCAGAAAAAAAUAAAACAACUGUGCAAACAAAUAAGAAAUGUAACUGCAUGAAUAAGAGAAAAAAACUUUCUAAACCAAACCCUGGUGGUAAAGAAAUCACGAGCGAGCAGUACAUUGAAGAAGUAGACUUGUAUUCCUCCCAAAAGGUUGACGUGACCCCAGCGUUUCCGCAGCUCACAAAAAGUCCACAGCCCUCUACAAGUGGGUUAAAUGUCAUUCACGUAAAUGACAUUCACAUAAAUGACAGCGACAACUCAACUGAUUCAGAAGGGGAAAGCGAGGUCUGCUGCGUAUGUGGACUUUUUUAUCCUCGCAGAGCUGACGAAAAUUCGUUUAUUAAAAUAGUAAACUGGGCACAGUGUGAUGAGUGCGGACAUUGGGUUCACCUUGCUUUCUGUGACAAGAAAAGAGUCUUGAGGAGGGGAGAUGCUUUUCGGUGCAUGCACUGCAUAAUUUAAACUUCGAAAGACAAACUUUAUCUUUUUGUUGUUGUUAAUAUUACAAAGUUUAUUGUUGUUUAGAUGUGUAUCUUAUUUCUACAGUUGUUAUUUGUGUUUAUUUUAUGAUUAAUGACAGGAAAUAUAAUUUCGGACGGCAUAUGUAAUAUAUUCUCGUGGCGAAAGGGCUCAUCUUUUAUGUCUCAGUCAUAGUGCAAUUCACCGAUCUGUGUUUCCCCUUCCGAGGCCUCAAAUUGUGUGCGCGUGACGUCAUCGAAUGAUGUGAACGAAUACAUAGGAAACGUUUGGAUGAUUCUGAUUUGUCGACAGCAACCUUUUCGUAAGUAAAUAAGUUGUGUUACCGAAGUUAUCGACAAGUUUUUGUUGUUUAAACUUAUAGAUAAGAUAUUGCUUGAACUUUGUGUAAUAGUUUCAUUCAUCCAUAUCAACAUGUAAGGCGCAUGCGCGCGUUCAACCUCUUAGGUGGACGAAUAGACAGGAAAACAGGCUAC